AAAGCUAUCCGACAGCCCAUUCGAUGUCCGAGCCAUUUGGCUCCGCCACCUCUGCCCACGAUGACUCGUCCUAUGGACUUUGCAAUCUGAUGCGUGACCACACGGACCAGUAUUGUCUUUGUCUAUGGGGAUUCACGAAUUGAGCCACGGGAAUACACCGGGUAUGGCUUUCUUGACUGGAGAACUGAUGUCCUCCAGUUGUCCAUAAGACGUGCAGAUCGGAUGAUUUGGUGAAAGCUUCUGGUUGAUGGAGUGGUCGAUGACGGAGAGCAUUAGUUGAUCGAAUUGGACAAAAUGGCGGCGUAUUCCUGCUUCAAGGGCUCCGGGUUGGUGGUCAAUCGGCCUUUCUUUUCAGCAUUUUCGACUGCCCGACGUUUGGAAGGAGCUAAUUUGUUGCAGAUUAGGAGGACCAGAGGGAAUUGGGUUGGCCGCGAUGUAGUUGUUUCUUUUCACAAGAAUGGAUUUUCUGCGGGUAGAGGAGGAACGAGGCUUGUGCAAUUGGGAAAGACCGAGAGCAGGGGAGCACCCUCUGCGGCUAGCAGUAGCUCUUUGGGCGGGGGAGCCUGGGUUCAAGACGAUGAUGAUUCUCAGGAAGGGAAGGAGAAACAGAAAAAGAAAGAGAAAGUGCGAAGGCUCAUUGCUGGAGUCGACCAGACUCAGCUUGUGGACCCAUGGCUGCUUGCUGAUGCAGAUAGCCGGUUUGCUGAAUUUUAUGGUGUUCAGAUUCAUCAUAAAAUUGCGCGUCCAGCUGCUGAUAGUAGUGCUAAUUCAGAAGAAAAGGUUGUGGGCUUGCCUGCAAUUUUAUUGCACGGAUUUGGUGCGUCGCUUUUCUCAUGGGAGAGGAUAAUGCCGAAGCUUGCACAAGUAUUCGGUGAGUCUGUGGUGGCUUUCGACAGGCCUGCCUUUGGCCUUACUUCUAGGGCAUUCCCACCAUCACCUCAAACUUCCGAGAAGACUAAAUUGAAGUUUAACAACAUUUAUAGCGUUGCAUUUUCGGCUGCUGCUGCUGUCGCUUUUGUCAACUUCAUUAAGGCGGAGAAAGCUGUACUAAUUGGACACUCAGCUGGAAGUAUAAUCGCAGCUGAAGCAUACCAUCAAGCCCCAGAAAAGUUUGCUGCACUUAUUCUGGUAGCUCCCGCGUUGGUGGCUCCAAUCGUUAUGCGCCAAAUGGAUGCAGAAAAAAAAUCCAGAGAACGUGAGACGAAGCUCGAAGAAGACUUGAAAAGCAGAAGAGCCAGCCCUGUUUUAAAAGCAUGGGCUGCAAUUCUUUGGGCUUUCUCCAAAAUCCUGGAUGUUUUAAGAAGUGUCAGGGUUUUCCUUGUUCUCAACUUCUCCAAGCUUGUAGGGCGUCUCCUCAGAUCACCACCAGGAAUAUGGCUUGUGCGCAGGAUCAUGGACAAAGGGGGUCCUGCUGCCGUCCGCAUGGCCUUUUACGAUGUUACUAAAGCCGACAAGUAUGUGCUCGAUGGUUAUACGAAGCCACUCGGAUGCCGAGAUUGGGAAAGAGCGCUGGUUGAGUACUGUCUAGCUCUGAUUGACAACUCGGAGGAGAAAGCUUCGGGGAAGAAAAGAAUAGAAGACAUUACAUGCCCAGUUUUGGUAGUUACUGGGGAUACCGAUAGGAUCGUUCCGGAUUGGAACGCUGAAAGAUUGGCGAAAGUAUUCCCCAAUGCAGAGUUUAAGCGCAUCAAGAAUUGUGGACACCUGCCACAGGAAGAAACGCCAGAUGAGCUCACUGAGAUUAUAAAGGACUUUCUGACACGGAACGUGCAGUUUGGUUCCGCCACAUCAGAACCAGCUGCCAUACCUGUAGCAUAGUAUAAUGUCUCCAAUCCUUCCCAUCAAUUGUAUCAUCUUUGCAAACUUUCAAUAUGAUCGUUGAUGUGGGCACCGGCUUUUUACCUCUCCUCUCGCAUUUUCUGGAUGCAUUCAUCGCUUCAUGUUGCUAAAACAGUACUUUCUUCCGAAUGUGACAAGUUCAAGAAUCAACCAGCUCCAUACUUU